AUGACUCGGCUGGGUCCGUGGCUGUUAGCUGCGGUUGCUUUUCUAGCAUUGGACAAUGUCUUGGCUGGAGCAAACUGUACCGCAGCCGAUGCUACCAAAAACUGCAUCGAUGGAAUGAUUGUGCCAAUUUGGAGACCAUUUUUGGAUUUGACAGUCUCUGAUCGAUUUACUCGAGGAUUCAUUUAUUUUUUGGUCAUAGCUUAUCUUUUCGUAGGAAUUUCUAUAGUAGCUGAUAGAUUCAUGAGUGGUAUCGAAGUGAUCACCAGUCAAGAAAGAACAAUCAUCGUUAAAAGACCAGGAUUGGAACCUGUUGAAGUACAAGUCAGGAUAUGGAACGACACCGUAUCCAACUUAACUUUGAUGGCUCUUGGAUCAUCUGCUCCUGAAAUUCUGUUGUCCAUCAUUGAAGUUAUUGCCAGAGGCUUCGAAGCUGGAGAUCUCGGACCAAAUACUAUUGUCGGUUCAGCUGCUUUCAACUUGUUCAUGAUCAUUGCCAUUUGUGUCAUGUGCAUUCCCAAAGGAGAAGUCCGUCGUCAGAAGCAUUUAGAUGUCUUCUUCGUAACUGCUACCUGGUCUGUCUUCGCUUAUAUCUGGCUUUAUGCUAUUCUUGCUGUAAUUUCUCCUGGAGAAAUUGAAAUUUGGGAAGGUUUAUUGACCUUCAUGUUCUUCCCAUUGACUGUUUUGACAGCUUGGGUUGCUGACAUCAAGAUUAUUCAAACUCGUUUCUUACCUCGUCGUUAUCGUCGCGGUUCUCACGGAAUGAUCGCCACUGAAGGAGAAGAACUCAAAAUGCUCGAAGGCAACGGAAUUUCUCAGGCAUAUAACGAUUUCGCUCAGGGAUGUGUUGAUCCAGCCGUUAGAGCUUUCGAAGAGCAUCGUCAAGAAUUCAUUGAGCUCAUGAGAGAGAUUCGUAAGCAAAACCCACAUAUCACCCCCACCGAAUUGCAAAAGCAAGCUGAAUAUGAGAUGAUCAAUCGUGGACCCAAAUCUCGUGCUUUCUACAGAGUACAGGCUACCCGUCGUCUCAUUGGUGGAGGAGAUAUUGUUAAGAAGCGUAUUGAUAAGGAACACAACAAGGCCCUCGAUGCGGCUCAAGAAAAACAAAACCGCGAAAACACAUGUAAGAUCUUCUUUGAUCCUGCUCACUACACCGUUCUGGAGAACGUUGGAACAUUCGAUGUCAUUGUUGGACGUGAUGGUGGACCAGAAGGACUCACUGUUCUUGUCGAUUAUUACACUGAAGAUGGAACUGCCAAUGCUGGAUCUGACUUCAUCCCUGUUAAGGGAACUUUGACUUUCUAUCCAGAAGACAAGCAUCAAAAGAUUGAAAUCGAAAUUGUUGAUGAUGAUGUAUUCGAAGAGGAUGAGCACUUCUACCUUCAUUUGAAGAACUUGCGUGUUCGCACUAUGGAUGGACUCAUUCUUGACCCAUCUCGCAUCGGAGGACUCCCAGUUGCCCAACUCGAAAUGCCAGCUACUGCUACCAUCAUGAUUCUCGAUGACGAUCAUGCAGGAGUUUUCUCUUUCGAACAUGAUCACUUCCAAAUCAUUGAAAGCUGUGGACAUUUGUCUCUCAAAGUUCAACGUCACUCUGGAGCUCGUGGAAAGGUUGUUAUUCCCUACAGAACUUCCGAUGGAUCAGCCAUUGGCGAGAAGCAUUAUGAAACCAAGGAAGGAGAAAUUGUCUUCGAUGAUAACCAGACCGAAGCCUUCAUCGAACUCGGAAUUAUGGAUACAGAGCAAUAUGAGCGCUCCGAUUACUUCUUCAUCGAACUGUCCCCACCUGUAUGGACAAAGAAGAUGAGCGAUCUCAGCAAGGUUCAAGAACGAUUCCAACGACGCAUGGAACAGAAGCGUGCCGCUUCCGUCGCCUCAGACAGUACCGAACAAGCAAAGUUGUCUAGACCCAGAGCUAACUCAGCGGAUUUACUUCAUGCAGACCCAAAUACAGAUAGAGCUGUAUCUGCAUCUCCGAAUCUGCACGACAGAUUCCGGAAAAGAUUAGGGUCUUGGAUACAUGGCAUGAAAGGAAGUGAUGAACAAAUCCAAAACUUGACUGCUGACCAACUCGAAAUUGCCGAGUUAGGAAAGCCACGUCUCGGAGAAUUCAUCAAAUGUCAAAUCACCAUUUCUGAAUCUAAGGAAUUCCAAGGAAUUGUCGACCGCAUGAUCAAGAAUGCCAACACCAAGCUUAUGUUAGGAACAUCCUCAUGGAGAGAACAGUUCAUGGAAGCUUUGACUGUUAGUGCUGGAGAUGAUGAUGAUGAUAAUGAUGAGGAAGGAGAAGGAAGUGAGGAAGGAGAACCAGCUCAACCAACCACUAUGGACUACGUUAUGCAUUUCAUCACUGUACCAUGGAAGCUUGGUUUCGCUCUCAUCCCACCAACAGAUUACUGGGGAGGAUGGGCUUGCUUCACCGUUUCCAUUGCCAUGAUUGGAGUCUUGACUGCUGUCGUUGGAGAUUUGGCUUCUCAAUUCGGUUGUUGGGUAGGAUUAAAGGACGCUGUAACUGCUAUCUCUUUCGUCGCCCUCGGAACCUCUGUCCCCGAUACUUUCGCCUCCAAGGUGUCUGCUGUUCAAGACAAGUAUGCCGAUAACGCCGUCGGAAACGUUACAGGAUCUAAUGCUGUCAACGUUUUCCUUGGAAUCGGUAUUGCCUGGUCUAUGGCCGCCAUCUACCAUGCCGUCAACGGAAGCAGAUUCCUUGUCGACCCUGGAAAUCUUGGAUUCUCCGUACUCAUCUUCUGUCUUGAAGCCGUCCUUUGUAUUUGUGUGAUUGUUUUAAGAAGAAAUAAAUUAGUCGGAGGAGAAUUAGGAGGACCAAUGGGAUUCAGAGUAGCCACUUCUGGAUUUUUCGCCUUCCUCUGGUUCACAUACGUUUUCUUAUCUGCUCUCGAAGCCUACUGUGUUAUUCCCGGCUUCUAA